GGAAGUGGAGCACCGAGGGACUCGACGGUAGAGACAUUGUUGUGGAGACUCUUCACUCUUUCUUUUGCUGUUUCGAUAAUCCGGUAAGGUUCUAACCAGCUACCGGCGGAGCAGCGCUUGCAGGAGGGUUUGGAGCCGCUGAGUUCACCGUAGAGAUGUCGGUCGUACCUCCGAGUCGCUCGGCCACCGGCUGGCCGCGCGGUGGUGCCGUUCAGUUCGGGAACAAGUACAUCAGCGGGCCCGCUAAACCGCUCACCCUGGAGAGGACCAUCAACCUAUACCCUCUCACCAACUACACAUUCGGCACCAAGGAGCCUCUGUAUGAGAAGGACAGCUCGGUGGCCGCCAGGUUCCAGCGGAUGCGGGAGGAGUUCGACAAGAUGGGCAUGCGGCGGACGGUGGAGGGCGUUCUCAUCGUCCACGAACACAGGCUGCCUCAUGUGCUGCUCCUGCAGCUCGGCACGACUUUCUUCAAACUACCCGGUGGAGAGUUGAGUCCCGGAGAGGACGAGGUGGAGGGUCUGAAGCGCCUGAUGACCGAGAUCCUCGGGCGGCAGGAUGGAGUCAAGCAGGACUGGGUGAUCGACGACUGUAUCGGUAACUGGUGGCGCCCCAACUUUGAGCCUCCACAGUACCCUUAUAUUCCAGCUCACAUCACUAAACCGAAGGAACACAAGAAGCUGUUUCUGGUUCAGCUGCAGGAAAAAGCGCUCUUUGCCGUUCCCAAGAACUAUAAACUGGUGGCCGCGCCGUUGUUUGAACUAUACGACAAUGCUCCUGGAUAUGGACCAAUCAUUUCCAGUCUACCACAGCUAUUGAGCAGGUUCAACUUCAUCUACAACUAAGUUGAGGGAACAGAAGUGCACGUGGCUGUCUCUGUGAGUGCAGCUCUGUCUGUGUGGUGAACACGACUUCCACAUCUGGAUCAACUUCCACAAAACAAACAUUUGUCAUGUCAGCUAUAUUGACAGUCCACAGGGGUGUUUAUACUGUUGUUAGACGAAAAAUGAAAAUGUCACAUCUGGUCUCUUUUUUUCUUUUUUUUUUUUGUUCUCUUCUUCUGUUUAUUUUUUUUUAAACUUUGAGAAACAGCUAGCUUUUGUAGUGUGCAGCUCUAUUUUCUUGUGUGUUCUGAAUCUGAUUUUAUGUCCCCUCAGAGGAGGCCAGUGUUUGAUUAAAUGAACUACAACAUUGAGUUUCCUUUUGUUUUAACCUGUAACAAUGCCGUGUUUUUUUCUUUUUAAUAAAGCGGUCUUUUGAGUAUGUUUUUAUAAAGAGCA